AUGGCCGAGCUUCGCAAGGAGAAUGAAGCCCUCAGCAAGGGAGGAUCUACAGCAAGCAGGAGCUGGGUGCUGGACAUUGCGGUUGGUGAAUGCGAGUUUGCAAGUGCCUUUGCUUACUUCCUGGAAGUGCAGCUUCAGGGCCAUGCCGAGAAGCGCCGCACCGAGACUUCGCCGCCCUCGGAACGUCCGGUGUUCGCGAACUCCAGCCUUCUGUUAACCGUAGGUGCGGACUUUGCGGAGGAGAAUCUCCAGGUGUCGGCGUUUCUGAAUGUGGUGGAUCCUUCCGCCUCGGAGGCUGCACCAGCGGCUCCUUUCUCAGAUGCGAUGAUACCGGUGAUACCGGUGAAAAGAGGUGGUUUUGACCAAGGCAAAACUUCUCGGGACGGGAGUCUUGCCUCUCCAAGAGUUGAAGGUGCCCGCAUGCAAUGGAGCGGGGAUCUCCGCAGGCGGACACUUGAUUCACUUGAUCUCACCUGGAUGCCUGUGCUUGGCUCGAGUGUGCUGGAGCUGGUGGAUUUCAAGCAUCACUGGUAUUAG